AUGAAGGUUUCAGUUCUUCUCUCACUCCUCGGUGUUUCGUUCCAGAUUGUAGCAGCUGCCCCAGCAAAGCACCAGAAAGCUGCCGAGUCGAAGCCUUCGGUGUUCCUUUUGGCAGGAGACUCCACGACUGCUACUCAGUCUACCGGUGGCGGGGGUUGGGGUGAUGGAUUCAAGAACUUCACACUCAAGGCGCCGAGCUUUGCCAUAAACUAUGGUCACAAUGGUGCUACAACGAGCUCGUUCAUGUCGGGAGGGGAUUGGGCGACAGUGUUGGGGAAGGUAGAGGCAUAUGCUGGUAACAGCACCGUUUAUGUUACGAUCCAGUUUGGGCAUAACGAUAUGAAACUCACCAAUUACACUGAAACCUUCAAGACAAACCUCCGCCAGAUGGUAGCCGAUGUCAAAGAAAGGAACGGUGAGCCUGUCCUCGUAACCUCGCUCUCCCGUCGUAACUACAAUGCCAACGGCACCAUCGCCGAUACCCUCGCCCCCUGGGCCGGGUACGCCAUUGAGGUCGCCGAAGAGACCGAAACCAACUACAUUGAUCUGUGGAAGAAUUCGGUCCACUACCUCGAGCAGAUUGGCGUAGCCGCAUCGCUAAAGCUAGCGCUGAAUGAUAAUGACAGAACCCAUCUAAAUGUUCCUGGGUCGAUUGUUUUUGGCAGGAUGGUGAGUGAUUUGUUGAAGAGGGAGAUUCCUGCGAUUGCGGCGGUAGUCAAGGAGAAUGCUACACUGAGCGAGCAGAUCUGGAGCGGGGUUGCCACUUUUUAA